AUGCCUGGUGUCGUCAUGAUGGAAAACGGCGUUCGGGCACCACUACCUGCAAGUCAUGACAGAGAAUCUGGCCAAUUUGUCAAUGGCAAUUCAUCUCCUAGCCGACAAAAUGGCAAUAAUUCCGGACUUGGGGCUGCAACUAACAACGGGGCGACUUCCAUGGCGAACGGGAACGGAGGCAGUGAUGGCGCGAACUCAGCACAGUCACAGCGACAAAGCUCUAAUCCGUCGCGUAUGAAUGAUCUUCCAGAUGAAAUACAACAUAUUACCCAGGGGUUCAUUCCCUUGGGAACUUUACUCUCGCGCCUUGCGUUCAAGACACACAAUCAGCUUGCAGAUGAGAUUGUGGCAUUAGCUAAGAUGCCCAUACCCGCGCCUGCUGUCAAUGGCAACUCGACACACGCUGGGGCUUCAGUGGAUGACACUUCCCCUGAAAACUUAGCCAAGAAGGCCAGGCUAUUGAACUUCGUCCAGGAGAGACAUGCAGACUGGGUAAAAGCGGCUGUAAUUACAAGAUGGAGCAAGAACGCUCAAUCGGUCAGCAAGCUGAUCGACCUGAUGUUUCUGAUCAACUCACAGCGAGCCAAGUACGACUUUAUUCCUCGUCAGAUGGCCGAACUCAAGGGAUCUCUGACCUUUGCACGACUUCCGAACCCCGAUCUCAAGACAGCGCUCCACGUACUUUCUACUGGCACAGCCCCCUGGAUGCCAGAUUUCAACUAUAUUGAACCUCCUCCCAUGGAUUCCAAGGAGGAACAACAGUGGAUAGAAAACGUAAACACGCUUCUUUCAUUGCGUCUCAACUUGGACGAUUAUGACAACAUCCCUUACCAGUUCCGGGACUACACUAUUGAUUCUGGUCGGGUUACCUUCAAGGUUCCGGGCGAGUUUGAGGUAGACCUCACAAUAGCUGACGAAGACUUUGAAAAGCAAUUCUGGUUCAUUGAUUUCCGAUUCGGCUUUACUCCUGCGCCUGUUGAAAUGUCCAAUUCGUUGAGAAUGUACUUGGAAGACAAAGUCAAUACAGUGCUAGGACAGGAAAGCUUGAGUGGCUGUUACAAGUUCCUCCAUGAAUUCGUCCUCACUCACAAGCUCACCGAGUACGUACGUCAAGCCUUCGAGCUGAGUAGAGGUCGUUGGGUAGACACGCUGAAGGUAGAGCGGCUCAAUAGAGCCAUGGGUAUCCAGUAUUGGGUCGGCCGCUCUCCACCAGAUGGUGUAAAGAGCUGGAUAAUCCUAGGUGUUGACAGUGCUAAGAAAUCUGGCACACCUGAGGAUCCCAAAUCUUCAAGCCACCUUACAUUACGUUGGUUCAGGGACAACAAGGAGAUCAAGGACGCAGACAUUCCGCUCAACGACGUUGAUAUCUCUACAGAAACUCUCCUGAACAGUGUCAUUGGUAGACACGUCGGAUACAUCCUCGGAUCAAUACACGCGAAGUUAAAAACAAAUGGUCGAUUUACUAAGCGAGAAGCCGGUCUCGCUCUGGAUCUGUGGAAAGAUAGUCCUGCACAAUCUACCCUCAAGAUGCAGUUAGGCCAUGCUGUGUAUGUGACCGUUGGCGUCAAUUCUAUGACUGGGGUAAUCUCAAUGAAACCACAGUUGGGGUUAACCUGGAGAGGCGAACAAAAACUCAACUGGCAAUCGAAGGACCCUGUCCAGGAUGGACUUGCAUGCCUGGAAAGCGUUCGAUGCCAAUAUGUAGUGGAAGAAAUUAUUCGACGUGGAAAGAGCACGGACUGGUUCGUAUGCAAAAGCCCCGUGAAAAUGGAACGUGUUCGAGAGGUGCUCAACUCACGAGAAAUGGGUCAACUCAUGUGGCUCAAGCGGCAUGGUUGGAUCGAACGGUGGUAUUUGAUGGUGAACUUAAGCUUGGGCGGUGAUAAGUGGUGUUUGGUUGAAAUCAACAAUAAUACUCCCAAUGGGGAGACACGGAUUUCAUCAUGCACUCAGCUACCGCUCAGUUCUUAUGCGCCAAAACUCGCAGACACUUUCUUCUCAAACUUGACUAUAUUCACUUCUGCUGUGAUCUCACAUAUUACGGACAUGAGAACUCUACACCAACAAAAGAUUAAGUAUGUCGCCCGCAAUGGAUUCAACUACUCCUUACCACCGAGUAUGAAGGUGCCUUCUAUCUUCAUCAAGCUUGCGGAUAUCUUAAGGCAACCACAGUCACAGGAUUCGAAAGAGCGGGUUGAAGAUUGGGCACACGAUUUUGUACAGAUCAUGUUCCAAGGCAUACGUAGCCCAAGUAUCAGGCGACAGAUUUUGGACCGAGGAAAGGAGACGAAUAAUAAUGCCGGGGAUGGCACAGUGGCGAAAAGGGAAUCGUUACAUGGAUUCCUGGAUGCCCGAAUCAAGGUUUCUGACCCCUCUAGGUUCGGCCUCCUCCAGGGGCAUGUCGAACGCGAUGUUGCAUAUAGUAAGACCCUCGGAGUAUUUGCGCUUCGUCUAGAAGCAGAUGUCGGAAGCACUAUCUUAAAUACACUUGCUCAUCGCCUGCAAGCUAUCGACAAACUAGCCGACUGCGUGGACGCGAUACGUCGAAGCGACAGGGACAUUCAAUGCGAAGCGAUCACACUUACUAAAGUUGUGUUCACUUAUACCGAUCGCAUGAAGCAAGAGGGCGGUAUGGUGGAACAACCACCUAUUGACCGUUGUAGAGCAACCUUGGAACUUGGACCUGGCGGUAUCGAAGUGUUGUUCGAAAGAGGCAACCCGCAGCUGCGCGCUCUGGAUCUCUUCCGACACCUUGUCAACUCGAACCUGCGCUGCCGGAAGCUCCCCUUUUAUCUAUCAAGCACGCUGCCGAUACAGCGUGCUCUAGACGCCAUCGAGGAUGCUUGGGAGGGUCUCGCGAUGAACAACCAAGGUCGGGUUGAAAUAUUUUCAGCGCACCUAGAUUGGUUCAAUAUCCAUUAUUAUCUCCCUGGGACGAAUAGGAACCCUCGCGCCCACCGCCGGCUCACCUUGCAGAUCCGACUGAAAGAAGUUAAGGACAACAUCGAAUGGCACGUGGAACGGGUGGAGCCUGGAUUCACACAGCCCGAGGACGAGUUUAAGCAAGCACUCGAUAAAGUUUGGAAUGCUGAGGAUAAAGUAUGGCGAUCUCUGGUGCACAGUGCCUCGAGCAAGACGGAUCAUCAUGUAGGAGAGCUGAUCAAAGCUGUUGACGAGGCGGUCAGACGGCUCGUGCUGCAGUCACCAACGGCUUAUAAGCCAAGCCAACCCAGAGGCCCGGUGCAGACUAAGGGUCAGAGCCAGGGCUCAUUAGGCAUGUAUCAUAAGACGAUGGCAGCCGGUAGGGUCCGGCCACAGUCGGACGCAAACACCAUCGUGGUGUUGGAUGACUAAGUGAAUGAAGACCAGAGUCGAGGAAGGCAGAAGUGGUACCUACAAAGAGGAUGAGUACCGACACCCACACGAGCAGCAGGCAUGCAGCAAAGAAAAGGUAUAAAGAAUGCGAUGCGAAGGGAGGGAGGGGGAAUGUCGGCCAUACUUGAGAUACCCUUAGGAAAACAGGCAUAGGGCAAGGGGGGGAAGGGGGCAGAGACAGAAAGAGAGAGAGAGGCGAUAUAGCUUUGCAGACCAGCCCGGAAGGCCGCAAUGAAUACUAUUAGUAAUGAAUAAAAUUCUCUG